AUGUCAAAACAAACAUUGGAGUUUUAUCUUAACGGUAAGAAGCAGGUUCUGCAUGCUGCGGACCCAACUAUGACGGCUCUAGAGUACGUCCGCUCCGUUGGUCUCACCGGAACUAAACUGGGCUGCCAGGAGGGUGGAUGUGGCGCAUGUACUAUGACGAUCUCAGAAUGGGAUCCUGAGCAGAACAAGCCAAAGUACUAUGCAAUCAAUGGUUGUAUUGUUCCACUCAUUCUUGUCGACGGCAAACACCUCAUCACAGUGGAGGGCAUCGGAAAUGCCGAAAACCCCCACGCGGUUCAAGAGCGUAUCGCCAAGUUCCAUGGUUCACAAUGUGGCUUCUGCACGCCAGGUAUUGUCAUGAGCUUGUACUCACUUCUACGUAACACUGACGGCAAGCCCUCGCGUGAGCAAAUCUCAGAGGCCUUUGACGGCAACCUCUGUCGCUGCACUGGCUACAAGCCUAUCAUCGACGCAGCCGAGACAUUUGUGUGCGCGAAAGGAGCCGACUGUUGCAGAAACAAGAAGUCUGAAACUGAUGAACCGGUUGCUAAUGGUAAUGGGGUUGCUAAUGGUCACAGCUUUGUCGAUGAUCUGGCAACUGAGAUCAUAGAAGAGAGCCUUGCAAACGGGAACGGCAAGCCAAAUGGCGUUAGUCACAGUAACGGUCAUAUGAAUGGCGCUUCAGAGUGCUCUAAAGGGGCUAAUUGCUGUAAGAAGGGGUCUGUGAGUGAUGAGGCUGCAAAUGGUGCCAAGAAAACGUUUAAGACACCAAAUGGCCUCGAACUUAAAGCAUAUCCUCAUUCAGAACUCAUUUUCCCUCCUGCGUUACGUCGUUACGAGUACAAACAACUUCGAAUCGUUGCUCCAGAUGGUUCGGUUUGGUAUCGACCUACUACCCUCGCAGAGCUCCUGGCUCUUCGUGAAGAAUUUCCAACUGCCAAACUGAUUGCUGGCGCGUCCGAAGUACAGAUUGAAAUGAGAAUCCGGGGCGACCUGCACCCUGUGGUUAUAUUUGUCAAUGACAUCCCUGAACUGAAGACAUUCCAGUACAUCCCCGGCAAAGGUGCACUCAUUGGCGCCAAUUUGUCGUUGUCCGAUCUGGAAUACCACCUUGAGGAGCUCAUUUCUGAGCUAGGACCUGAAAAGAGUCAGGUGUUCAUGGCCAUCACUGAACAGCUCAAAUAUUUUGCCGGCCGUCAAAUUCGAAACGUCGGUACUCCGGCAGGAAAUAUUAUGACUGCCUCCCCCAUCGCCGAUUUGAAUCCCAUUCUUGUGGCUGCAGAUGCUCGUCUUUACUUUGAGGGCCGAGAACCAGCUGAGCGUACUAUGGGUGACUUUGAGAAUCCUUUCUUUACUGGCUAUCGAAAGACAACUGCUCCUGAUGGUGCUACUUUGGUUCGUGUGCUUAUCCCAGAGUCUACACCGAAAGAAGUUGUACGCGCAUACAAGCAAGCAAAGCGCAAGGAUGAUGACAUUUCUAUCGUUACAGCUUGUAUGAGAGCUACAGUGGUGGAUGGUGUCUUCAAGAAAGUGUCACUCGCUUACGGUGGUGUUGCACCCAUUACUGUUCUCGCGAAAUCUUCCCUCAAAAUCGUGGGUGAGCCUGUCGAUGACAAUGUCUUGGGCAUCAUUCUGAACGAGCUUGACCAAGAGUUCAAGUUGCCCUACUCAGUGCCUGGUGGCAUGGCUGUGUUCCGCCGCUCACUGAUUCUUUCAUUCUUUUACAAGUUCCUUCAGUCCGCCAAGCAAAUGACAGGUGGGAGCAUUGAUAUGGACUCUCUCGCCGAAGUCACCAGAAAUCAUCCCAUUGGCGUUCGUGACCUGGACAAUGACUACGAGCAGCGCAUUCUGGGCAAGGCAGAAAUGCACCUGAGUGCACUGAAGCAGGUCACAGGUGAAGCCAUCUAUGUUGAUGAUAUGCCACCUUUCCACAAUGAGGUGCAUGCGGUUCAGGUCAUGUCAACCAAGGCUCGUGCGAAAAUCGCCAAUGUUGAUACAUCAGCUGCAUUAGAGCUGCCAGGUGUGAUUGGUUACGUUGACGUUAACGAUGUACCAGGCCACAACACAUGGGGUAUUUUCCCCUUCGGUAAAGACUAUUUCUUCGCGGAUGGUGAAGUCCACUACGUUGGGCAGACUAUUGGUGUUAUUUGUGCUACCGAUCGCGAAACUGCAGCACGAGCAUCACGCCUUGUCAAGGUCGAGUAUUACGACGAAGAGGAGCCCAUUGUUACAAUAGAGCAGGCUAUUGAGAGAAAAUCAUUCUUUGAAAUUAUCUCGAAGGUAGACAACGAUGGUGUUGACGAAGCAUUCGAGAAGGCUCACCGUGUUUUGAAGGGCCAAUCACGAAUGGGUGCACAAGAACACUUUUAUCUGGAAACUCAAGGAUGCAUCGUUGUACCUCAGGAGGGUCGUGAAUACAAGGUGUAUGCCAGUAGUCAGAACCCUCGUGAGAGUCAAGCCCUCGUAGCCGAGGCUCUAAACAUUCCGGCUUCUUUGGUCGUUGCCCAUGUCAAACGACUUGGUGGUGGAUUUGGCGGCAAAGAGACCCGUGCAUGCCACUACAACGGUAUUGCAGCUAUUUGUGCCCACAAGUUCAAGCGCCCUGUUCGGUUUAUUCUAUCGCGUAGCGAAGACAUGCAGCAAGCUGGUCAGCGCCAUCCUUUCUUGUGCAACUGGGAAGUUGCUCUGGAUGAAAACAACAAGUUUGUGGGUCUCAAAGCCGAAAUGUACGCCAAUGCCGGCUACUCUAUGGAUCUCACAAAGGGUGUCAUUGAUCGUGCCGUUCUUCAUAUCGACAACUGCUACGAUUUCGGUAAGGUCCGGGCAUCUGCCACACCCUGCAAAACUAACAUUGCGUCCAACACGGCGUAUCGAGGUUUUGGUGGGCCUCAGGGUAUGUUCUUCGCGGAGUCGAUUAUAUACGAAGUUGCUGAUGCGCUGAAAGUCGAUCCUGAUGAUCUUCGUCGCAUCAACUACUAUCCCGAGAAGAACGGUGUCACACCAUACGGACAAAACAUGGGAGAGGACUUUACAGCUAGUCUCAUGGCUCGUCAACUUAUGGAGGAAGUAAACUAUGACCAGUUGCGCAUAGAGGUGGAAGAGUUCAAUGCAAAGAGCAAAUGGAUCAAGCGAGGACUUGCGCAUGUUCCGACCAAGUUCGGCAUUGCUUUCGGUGUCCAGUUUUUGAACCAGGCAGGGGCCUUGGUACACAUCUAUGUUGAUGGGUCCAUUCUCCUGACCCAUGGCGGCACGGAGAUGGGCCAGGGCCUGCAUACGAAGAUGGCUAUGAUUGCUGCUCAGGAGUUGGGAGUCUCUCUUGACGAAGUUUUCAUUUCUGAGACUGCUACCAACACAGUUGCCAAUGCUUCACCAUCAGCGGCCUCGGCGUCAGCUGAUCUCAAUGGUAUGGCUGUUAAGAAUGCGUGUGACCAACUCAAUGAGAGACUGAAGCCUUAUCGGGAGAAGCUCGGCCCCAAUGCCACGAUGAACCAGAUGGCAUUUGCAGCGUACAAAGAUCGAGUCAAUCUUUCUGCCAAUGGUUUCUACAAAACUCCUGAUAUUAUCGAAGCACUAAACACACCCGGUGGUGGGCAAGCGUUCUCCUACUAUACCCAAGGUAACUCCAUCACCAUGGUCGAGGUCAACACUCUGACAGGAGACUGGGCUAAUUUGAGAACCGAUAUAAAGAUGGACAUUGGACGUACGCUCAAUUUGGCGAUCGAUUAUGGCCAGAUUGAAGGAGCCUUCGUGCAAGGCCAGGGCCUGUUCACGAUGGAGGAGUCACUUUGGCUGCAGACUGGAGCGAUUUUCACUCGUGGACCGGGUGCUUACAAGAUCCCAGGGUUCAGCGAUAUCCCACAACACUUUAACGUCAGUGUUUUACGUGGCCGUGAUUUUCAUCAUCUAAAGUCCAUUCACCGCUCUAAGGGUAUUGGCGAGCCACCCUUGUUCCUAGGGUGCAGUGCCUUCUUUGCCAUUCGUGAUGCACUAAAAUAUGCGCGCGAAGAUCGGAAUUUGGCAAUGCUGCAAGGCAUAGACGCUCCAAUGACUACUGAGCGUAUUCGAGUAGCAGUUGGUGACGAGUUGCUUGCCAAGGCACAGGUCGAGGUCGUUGGCCCUGCGUUUACGGUCCGUAGUUAG